AUGCGAGGACUAAAGGCUAUGCUUUGGGAAGGGUCCGUUUUGGAUGCUAACGAAGGUAUCCGGUUCCAUGGUAAAACCAUCAAGGAAUGCCAAGAAUUCUUACCAAAAGCUGAAACGGGUGGUGAAAUGUUGCCUGAGUCAAUGCUAUGGUUUUUGCUUACCGGAAAGGUUCCCAGUGUUGAGCAAGUUCGAGCACUGUCGGCCGAGCUGGCUGCCAAGGGUGAACUGCCAGAUUUUGUCACCAAAACUUUGGACGGCCUGCCAUCUACUUUGCAUCCAAUGACACAAUUCUCAAUUGCAGUCUCUGCGUUGAAUCACGACAGUAAAUUUGCCAAGGCUUAUGAACGGGGUAUUCCCAAAUCUGAGUACUGGGAGUACACUUUUGACGAUGUCAUUGAUCUGAUUGCCAAGCUUCCUCAAAUUGCGGCAAAGAUUUACCAAAAUACUUAUCUAGGUGGUGGUAGAUUGCCCGGAGCCAUUGAUGCCAAUGCCGAUUGGUCACUUAAUUAUGCAAAUAUGAUUGGAAAGGGAGACAACGAAGGCUUCGUUGAUCUUUUGAGAUUAUACUUCGCACUACACGGAGACCAUGAGGGUGGUAAUGUUUCUGCACACACCACCCAUCUUGUAGGAUCUGCUCUGUCUGACGCCUAUCUGUCAUACUCUGCUGGUCUCCAAGGAUUGGCGGGACCUCUCCAUGGAUUAGCUGCUCAAGAAGUUCUUCGUUUCGUUCUCGAUUUGAAGGAGCAGAUCCCAGAUAAUUACACCCCCAAAGAUCUUGAGAAUCAACUCUGGUCCGUUCUCAACUCAGGUAGAGUCAUUCCAGGAUAUGGGCAUGCCGUUCUUCGUCAACCAGAUCCACGUUUCCAAGCUCUUAUGGCUUUUGCUGACUCUCGUCCUGAGGUUGCUGCUGAUCCCGUCUUCAAGCUCGUCAGAGCUAUUUCCGAGGUGGCGCCUGGCGUUCUUACUGAGCACGGUAAGACCAAGAACCCAUUCCCCAAUGUUGACUCGUCCUCUGGAGUUUUGUUCCAUCACUAUGGAAUUCACGAGACCCUUUAUUACACUGUUACGUUUGGUGUUUCGAGAGCUCUUGGUCCUCUUCCUCAACUUAUCUGGGAUAGAAUUCUGGGCCUUCCUAUUGAAAGACCCAAGAGUUUGUCGUUGGAGAAGAUUGUCGAACUGGUGGGAGAUAAAUAA